AUGGAAGCCCUAACUUCAACCAUCGUCUCUUCUCCUUCUUCCCUCCCCAUCUUCUCUCCCAAAUCCAAAGAUCCUUCGUCAAGAAGACUCCUCCGAUUCUCCACCUCUCCCAAAAAUAACGGUAACGAAUCCGAUCUCCGGUCCGACUCAAAUGGUUCAAGCAUCGUACCGAGCCACAGCAAUCGCACUCUCUCUCAGGAUGCCGCGAUGGGCUUGGUUCUGAGUGCUGCGAACGUGAGGGGUUGGACUACAGGUUCAGGCAUGGAAGGCCCUUCAGUCCCCGCCGGUGCUGAGUCGGGGUCAAUUGCAGAACAGACGUCCACCUUCCCCUGGUCUCUCUUCACCAAAUCACCUCGUCGCCGUAUGCGCGUGGCCUUCACUUGCAACGUAUGUGGUCAAAGAACCACUCGCGCCAUCAAUCCCCAUGCCUACACCGAUGGCACUGUUUUCGUCCAGUGUUGUGGAUGCAAUAUAUUUCAUAAGCUGGUGGAUAAUUUAAACUUGUUUCAUGAGAUGAAAUGCUAUGUGAAUCCCAGCUUCAAUCCGAAAGGUGGUGACAUUCGCUUCAAGUAUCUUGACAUGGAUGAUGACAACAAUGAUAUUUUCCCCCUCUUAUGA